AUGGCACCACAACAGCUGGGAACCCUCAAAGAGUGCUUCAGUAGAUGGUUGGAGGCUCAGGAUAUGGAGAAGACAGAGAUGGAAAAGAGGGUAAAGCUGGUAUGGUGGCACUAUGAUAGCAGGUUCAGUAAGAAACCUGUAACUCAAGCCCAUGUUACUCCACAGGAGCCAAAGCUCCCACAGCAGCAUGUCUGUAAGGAGGAGGAGGAGGUUCUCACUGACCAGCAGCUCUGUGACCAGGAGAGGAACUCAAGUCUGGACCAAGAGGAACUAGAGCCUCCACAGAUUCAAGAGGAACAAGAGGAACCAGAGCCUUCAGAAAUUAAAGAGGACCAAGAGGAAUCAGAGCCUCCACAAAUUAAAGAGGACCAAGAGGAACCAGAGCCUCCACAGAUUAAAGAGGAACAAGAGGAACCAGAGCCUUCAGAAAUUAAAGAGGAACAAGAGGAACCAGAGCCUCCACAGAUUAAAGAGGAACAGGAGGAACCCUGCACCAGUCUGGAGAGAGAACAGCUGGUACUGAAGGAGGAGACAGAAACGUUGAUGUGGACUCCUACUUGUGAGGAAAGUAAAGAUCAGACUCUGGACUUGAGUCCUGAUGAAACUCAGUUGGCAGCAGAGGAAGAGCAGGUUGUCAGCAUGUCAGUACAAACAGUUAAAACCUCUAAGAAACCUGAACCAGACAGUGACGAGCAGCUCCUCUCUCACAACUCUAAUAAUCUCCAAGAUCACAAAGAAGGCAAACAUGAAGACUCAGGAUCAACAAGAAAAGCAGAACCAAAACCACAGAGGGGACAUCAUAGUAGAGAAAUUCACAACAUUGAAUACAAGUCUACCACUUUAAAGAUUCAGAGUAAUACUUUUACAGGGAAACAGUGUUUCAAAUGUGACACUUGUGGCAAAUCAUUUGCACGCAAGUGCAAUUUUAACAGACAUCUGAGAGUCCAUACAGGUGAGAAGCCGUACCCAUGUAACACCUGUGAGAAAAGAUUCUCUAGGGUGGGAACAUUAAAACGUCAUUUGAGAACACACACAGGAGAGAAGCCGUAUACAUGUAACACCUGUGGGAAAAUAUUCUCUAGGGUGGGAACAUUAAAUUAUCAUUUGAGAACACACACUGGUGAGAAGCCGUACUCCUGCAGCACCUGUGGGAGAAGAUUUCGCGAAAUGAAAGCAGUCAUCAGACACAUAAGAACACACACAGGUGAGAGGCCAUACCCAUGUAACACUUGUGGGAAAACAUUCUCUCAGUUGUGCAAAUUAAAAGCGCACAUUAGAAUCCACACAGGUGAGAAACCGCACCCAUGUAACACUUGUGGGAGAAAAUUCUAUGUGCUCUCAGCAUUAAAACGACACAUGGGAAUCCACACAGGUGAGAAGCCAUAUCCAUGUGACACUUGUGGGAAGAAAUUCACUGAGCUAGGAAAAUUAAAAGUGCACAUGAGAAUACACACAAGUGAGAAGUCGUACAAUUGCAAAACUUGUGGGAGAGAGUUCAGAUAUACUCAUCACUUGAAGAUGCACAUGAGAAAACACAUGGAAAAAGAUUCUGUCUGA